UAACUUGGUUAGGCUGGGUAGUAAUGGGAAAAUUGAAUAAUCAAACCUCAUGUGAGGUAAAGACCUACUCCUACUCUAUUGUGGAACGCAAAGAUGAGCUGUAUGAAAUGGUGAAGAAUUCCUUUUCCUUGGAGGGCUUUGGUACUGAAGGUCAAGAGAAGGUACUCUCUCGUGAAGAUAAGAGAGCUCUUGAAAUCAUGAAGCGCACCACCCGUAGGACGAGUGAUGGGCGUUUCGAGACAGGAUUGCUGUGGAAGCAAGGUCAUCAACCAAUUGUGCCAGAGUCAAGAGAUGUAGCUGUCAAGCGCUUGUACACCAUGGAGAGGAAACUAGACAGAGAUCCGGCAUUGGCCGAGGCUUACUGUGCCAAGAUAAGUGAUCAUCUUGAGAAGGGAUACUUGAUAAAGCUCACAGAAGAAGAUAGGAUGACUCCUACUGGAAAUACUUGGUAUCUUCCACACUUUGCGGUUUUUCACCCGGCUAAGGGAAAAAUUCGAGUGGUAUUUGACUGUGCGGCUAAGUCAGGGAAUGUAUCACUUAACGAUCUGCUGAUGAGCGGGCCAGACUUAUUGAAAUCACUUCCGGCAGUGUUGGAAAACUUCAGAAAGGGUAAAUUCGCAUUCACUGGAGACAUCAAGGAGAUGUUUCAUAGAGUUUAUGUUAGGGCAGAAGAUACCAACUAUCAAAGAAUCCUAUGGAGAGGAAUGGAUAGGAAAAAUGAGCCAGAAGAGUACAAGAUGAAUGUGAUGACAUUUGGGGCAUCUUGUUCUCCCACUCUAGCGUCAUAUGUGAAGAAUCUAAAUGCCCAAGAAUAUGCCGAAGAAUUCCCAGAGGCAGUGAAGGGAAUACUACACAAUACAUACUGUGACGAUUAUCUGGGAUGUGCAGAUACCAUUGAGGAGUCUCGCGGAUUGAUCAAGGAUAUUGUUCAGGUUCAUAAAGCCGGUGGCUUUGAUAUAGUGAACUGGACAGCCAAUGACAGCAGAAUUCUUAAUUGUGUGAGUGACACGAUGAAAAGUUUGAAUGCGAAGGAUGAACCUGAAAGAAUUCUUGGCUUGUGGUGGGACUCUUCUGAAGAUGUCUUCACUUUCAAGACCACAUUCCAUCGCGUCGCAUCUGAUAUUCUGUCUGGAGAGAAGAUACCCACAAUGAGAGAAGUAUUACGGCUGGUAAUGUCAAUCUUCGAUCCAUUGGGAUUUUUGGCUAUGUUUUCGGUGAAAGGAAAGAUGAUUCUCCAAGAGAUUUGGCGUCAGAAAAUUGGAUGGGACGACAUCAUUUAUGGUGUGGCUUUGGAGCAGUGGCAAGCAUUCAUCAAGGAGCUAAAAAUGAUUGACACAGUGAAGAUACCGAGAUGUUAUUCUCCGAAACUUCCGGAAGCAACUUCAAUCCAGCUACACGUCUUUGGAGACGCCAGCGAGAGUGCCUAUGCAUCAGUUGCAUAUUUACGGAUUGAAAGUGAAAAUAGUGUUGAAGUGGCUUUUGUGUGUGCUAGAACUAAAGUUGCUCCAUUGAAAGCUACCAGUAUCCCAAGACUUGAGUUACAAGCUGCAGUGCUUAGUGCGCGAGUUAGCGUUGCGGUAAAAACAUCUUUGGAUCUUGAAUUUGAUCGAGUGGUUUUGUGGACGGAUUCCCUAACGGUGAUGGGGUGGAUCAAAAGUGAUUCUCGUAGAUACAAGCAGUUUGUUGGACACAGAAUAAGUGAAAUUGACCAACUGACAGAGAUUCAUCAAUGGAGAUGGAUUUCGACUACACAGAAUCCAGCUGAUUUGGCCACGCGUAGAAAGCCGUGUGAUUUCAGUGCGUCCUCUAAAUGGUUCACUGGGGCGCCCUUCCUGAAAUUGGAGGAGGAACAAUGGCCUCAAGAUGAUAAAAAACAAAAAGUUGCAGACAAUGGAGACAUUGAGGUGUUUCAAGUGUUAGUGAACGUUGAAAGGUUUAUUGGAAAUCGUCUGAUUCCAGAGAUGAGUCGUUUUUCCCGCUGGAAUCGACUUGUCAGAGCGACUGCUCAAGUGAAAAAUUGUGCGCAGUUUUGGUUGGAAAAGUGGCGUAAAGCGAAAGAAAAUCUAAAAACAAGUGAAUUACCCGGACUCAAAGUGAGUGAUUUGAUAGAAGCAGAAAAAGUGUUGCUUCAGGAAAUACAGUCAGUGUACAGAAGAGAAAUACAGUGUCUCCAAGAGGGAAAAGUAAUUCCCAAAGAAAGUGAUUUGUAUCAUUUGACGCCGUUUGUGGAUUCUGAUGGAUUAUUGAAAAUGAGAUCACGUUUGCAAAAUAGUGAAGUGCGAGUAAAGUGCCCCAUUAUUCUUCCGCCGAAGCACGUGGGGACAAAGUUGAUUAUUAGUGAUUUUCAUGUUCGGAAUCAUCACCAAGGACGAGAACAAGUUGUAAACAACGUUCGUGAAAGAUUUUAUAUUCCAAGAGUGAGAGUGGCAGUCAAGAGGGCUUGGCAUGAGUGUCAAAUUUGCAAAAACAAACGCGCCCAACCUUUGAUUCCUGAAAUGGCCGUGCUUCCAUCCGCAAGAGUUAAUGAUUCAGUGUAUCCCUUUGUAAAGAGUGGAAUGGAUUAUUUUGGACCAUUAGAAGUGAAGGUGGGUCGUCGUGUGGAGAAAAGAUGGGGAGUAAUCUUCACUUGCCUAGCGACUCGUGCUGUGCACUUGGAAGUCGCACACUCCCUGACGACAGACAGUGCCAUCAUGGCAAUUAGACGUUUCAUGAAUCGACGCGGAUCUAUAACUGAUAUGUUCUGUGAUAAUGGAACAAAUCUCCGAGGAGCUGAUAACGAAUUUCGACGACUUUAUGCAGCCGUAGAUGAAAAGAAGAUUCAGGAAACCUUCUCCGAAAAGCGUGUGGAAUUUCACUUUAAUCCACCAGCCGCACCACAUAUGGGCGGUGUUUGGGAAAGACUUGUCCGUUCCGUCAAAGUUGUAUUGAAAGAGGUCAUGAGGACACGGCAUCCCACUGAUGAGGAGUUGCACACAUUCUUUAUUGAAGUGGAGUAUAUUCUAAAUAACCGGCCUUUAACUUAUGUGUCGAUUGAUCCUGAUGACGAGACUGCCAUCACUCCCAAUCAUUUCUUGAUUGGAAGAUCUGGAGAGAACCGACCGAUUGGGACCUUUGAUGACAGCGAUUUGUUCCUCCGCAAAGCAUGGAGACGAGCCCAGUAUUACGCAGACCAUUUUUGGCGUAGAUGGAUGCGUGAGUACCUUCCCGAGUUGACAAGACGAACUAAGUGGUAUUCUACCACUAAAACUAUCAAGAUUGGAGAUGUCGUUGUUGUGUGUGAUGAACAGUUACCUCGCAACCAGUGGCCCUUGGGUCGAGUGGAAGAAGUAUUUCCUGCCCCUGAUGGGAAAAUUCGUUCAGUGAUGGUAAGAACUCGUUACGGCCUAUACAAGAGACCAGUUGCAAAGCUUGCUGUGCUGGACCUGGAGUAGGUGGGUGCAGGAGCACCAGAGGGGAAAAUGUUGGAAACGCGAGCGCUAACUGGCGGAAAUAUUUGAAGAUUUAUUAUGUAAGCCCUUCCGGCACAUUUGUCAGUCUUUUUGUAGAAAGCGUGGCGUGACGUGCAUUUGUGAAUUUUCAUAGGAAAAGAAUUUGCGUAAGUUAGGAUAUUUCCUCAUGUUAAAAAUCUAUUUAAUUUAGUAAUAUUUAUUGGUUAGAUUUGGCUGAACUCCUUGGGAGACGAUCAAGCUAAGUCCUGAGUCAGGAAAAAGAGUUAUAUAACUUGGUAGGUUCGAUAAACGAUUGAAAGAAAUUUAAAAUGGCGUCAGGAUAAAAAUUAUUAAUUGAAUUACAGGUUGUAAACUUUCAAAAAGCUUGAGGUUGGUGGAAGCAAACGGAGGCCGUUUGAGAUUAAAGGACCACCAACAUUCAUUCAUUCAUUUGUAAUCAGCCAUUUAGUCAUCGCCAAAGUAAUCAAGUCCUUGCAGUCCGCCACGGGGAAAUUGAGUUAAUAAAAAUAAAUACAGUCCACUAUC